AUGCGCACCGUUGUCUGCCACGGAAGCCCAUACGAUGCCUCCAAAGAGAUUCAUGGAAGCUUAGACUUCUACAAGACUCUGCUGAAGCAGAAGUCGUCCAUGUCUUGGGCUGAAGUAUGCCGAACAGCGCUCAAGUUCCAGCCUCUACUGGAGACGACAUUUCCAAACUAUAUGCAAGAGAUACGAGGUGAGAUAUUCGUUUUAUCGCUGACAUAUUACUAUAUCAGCAUGUUGGCCUGGUCUGGCUGGCACCUCUGUUACACCGGUUCCAAGUUCUGCUCUGGAGCUGGUGUUGACGUGAAAUCAGUACUGGCGUUGAAUGUGCGUACCGAGAUUGCAUAUGGCAUGUUUGAUGAUGGAUGCACAGCCUUCUCAUGGAGGAAUCCAAGCGCAAGCUUCCUUGCACAGAACUGGGAUUGGGAAGAUGACCAGGCGCCAAAUCUCAUCUCGUUGCACAUCGCACCCCUAGAUACGUCAAAGCCAACUAUCCAUAUGGUCACCGAGGCUGGCAUUAUUGGCAAGGUUGGCCUCAACUCCAAAGGCGUCGGAGUUACCCUUAACGCCAUCAAGGCAGAAGGCGUAGACUUCACCCGGCUGCCCUGCCACCUUGCUCUCAGACUAGCACUGGAAAGUUCCUCGCGUGUCGACGCCAUCGGCAAACUAGGAAAAGUAGGUGUUGCAUCGGCAUGCCAUAUCACCAUUGCCGACUACACAGGUGGUACUGGUCUCGAGUGCUCGUCUAUGGAUAUAGCAUGGCUCAACAUGGGCGAUUUCAUGGAGAGCAGACCAGAUAUCAUCACUCAUACAAACCACUUCGUACACAACCACAAGAACGGCUUGAAGUCCGUGAUGUUCAUGCCUGACAGCGAGGCCCGUCUGGCCAGGCUAAGAGAACUGCUGGCCCAGAGCGGGCCCAAGCCAGAGUUUGAGAGGAUAGAAGAAAUCCUGAAGGACGAGAAGGGAUACCCGACCUCCAUAUGCCGACAGGCAAAAGGUGAAAAUACAACGUCCACGUUGUUUAGCAUUAUCAUGAACCUUAGGCAGUUGAAGGCCACUGUGAUUGUUGGAAGGCCUGUUGACCCUCAAGGGGUUCUUGAGUUGAAGCCUUGA